AUGAGCUAUAGUCGAGACUUCAAGUACGCCAUCGGCUGGAAUCGCUUCAGUCUGGAUGUCGUGGGUGCCUGGCCUAGACGUCACGCUGGAAUUUUCCACAGAGAAAGAUCUCUGCUGUCUGCAUUAGGCAUCCUAGUUCUCAUAUUCCUACCCCAAUCAAUCAGCGUAAUCGUCCACUGGGAAAAUAUGGACGCUGUCAUCGAGUGUCUGUCUGUCAAUUGUCCAGUCUUUCUGGCAUUAGCAAAACUCCUGUUUUUCCGUUAUCGUCGAAAAGAAAUCAGAAUGUGUAUUGAUUUCAUGAGUGACCAGUGGACGAUCUCGAGAGCAUCUGAAGAACGUGAAGUCAUGAUGAGUGCAGCGAGGACCAGUCGACUGAUAUCGAUUGGAUCUGGUGUGAUCACCAAUGCUUUAUUCAUGGCCUUCAUCUUCUAUCAGCUCUACGUUGGUACUGAAAUAAAAAAACUCGAUCCAACUCAAUCAGUGGCUCUUCUGUACCCCGGAUGGGUUCCAUUUGACACCAGAAAAAUCGAAUACUUCAUACCCAUGUGGAUCGCCCAGUGCAUCACUACAUUCCUCUCGAUGACGAUCUACGCUGUAUUUGACUGCAUGAUCUCGACGAUAAUUCUUCACAUAUGCGGACAGUUAUCCGUCCUGAAACUGGCGCUGAGUGGUAUAGCUGACAGCGAAGAUCCUCGACAUCCUGAAAAAUUCAACGAGAAGUUAGCUGUCAUCGUCAAACACCACGAGCAAUUGAAUGGGUUGGUCGCGGUAAUUGAGAAUUCCUUCAAUUCCAUUCUUCUACCUCAAAUGCUCGUCUGCACCAUGACCUUCUGUUUCCAAGGUUUUGCGGUCUUCACGAACCUGUUGGAUCCCAACGCCGGGAAAAUAUCCUUCUUCCAAAUGGCGUUCCCCAUCACUUUCGUAUUCUACACUGUCCUGCAUCUGUUCAUUUAUUGCUACGUGGGAGAUGAACUACUGAUGAAGAGUUCAUCGCUUAGCUAUUCGGCGUAUCAGAGUCAGUGGUAUAAUUUAUCAGCUCUUGAAGCUCGUUCUCUACUAGUCGUGGGAUUUCAAUCAUUCAGGCCACUCCAGAUCACCGCCGGAAAAUUCUGCCCCUUUUCUCGCAAUUUAUUCAUCAAGGUUCUGAAGACAUCUAUGGGGUAUUUGUCGAUGCUUUUGACAGUCAAACAACGAAUGAGUAAUUAAAAUUCUGGGAAUUCGGGGUCAUGAUAGAAUUAGAAUGUAAAAAUAU